AUGGGGAGGUUUGUUAAGUGUUUGGGAGUGCUGGGAUUCAUGGCAAUGGCAGUGCUCAUGAUUGUUGGGAUUGUGGAGGCUAGAAUGCUUGAGAAGAAGGCAUUUCAGGUUGAUCUUGGUGGUGGAGCAGGUCUCGGUGGACAAGCUGGUGCUGGAAUGGGAUUGAACUUUGGGAUAGGUGGCAAAGAAGGUGGUGGUGGUGGAGGAUUUGGGGUUGGUGCCAGAGUAGGUGUUGCUGCACCUGGACCUGGAUUUGGUGCCGGAGUUGGUGGUGCUGGACUUGGAUUUGAUGCCGGAGUAGGUGGUGCUGGACUUGGGUUUAGAAUUGGCGGUGGAUUUUAG